AUUAUACAUAGCAUUGGACCACGACUCGACAUUGAAUAUACUACACCCUGCUGAGAUAAAUUCCUUCUCCCAUUGUGUAUUCGUUGCUAGAUCAAACCCUCCCCAAACCAGUAACGCUUCACCUCGACGUCAUGGAUUCAGCUCCCCCAACUGGGGAGAAUAUAACUCCAUCGUCAGCGGACCAGCUCCCUGAUGCGGCGGUGGCACUUGCCACGAGAUUCUUUGAAGCUGCGAGACAAGGCCAGAUGGACAUGUUUGAACAGGCUUUACCACAUGGAUUGCCGGCAAAUUUGACCAACGGGAAAGGAGAUACUCUGCUCAUGCUGGCAUCUUACUAUGGCCAUGCACCACUCGUCUCGCUCCUGCUAAAGCACGGCGCUGACCCGAACAGACUGAAUGAUCGACAACAGUCUCCUCUGGCGGGGGUGGUGUUCAAAAACGAGAAGGAGGUCAUCGAUCUUCUCCUCGAAGCGGGAGCUGACCCUGAAUUGGGACAGCCAAGUGCAAUUGAGGCAACGAGGGUAAGUCUCCUUUAGAUCUGGGGUCGAGUGGUCACUGACGAAUGCUAGAUAUUCAAGCAGGAGGAAUACGAGAGUCGGUUCCAAGAAAAGAUUGAAAGAUUGAGAACCCAAGGAGCGAGAGCAAACAACGGGAACUGAAUCCAUUCUGCAAAGCCAUGCAGAUAUGGUGUCAUUAUCAUGAUGUCGUAACGCUCAUCAGCUUGCUGUGCUAAUCAUCAUAUCCGACAUCUGUCUAUGUACCCGGGGUGUGAGACUCAAGAUUCUGUCUCCCUCCAUGUCCACCAACGCCUUGCUCAAAAGUCACACAAGAGUAAAUCUCCAACCAUCACUGAUAAGCGUGCGUGGGUUCCUGUCGAGAUCGAAUUUGUCGUUGGACAACCUUCUGAGAGGGCACUUUCAAAGGCGCGAGUUGGACCUUGGGAUGGCACCCUUCACACCAGUCAUAUUUUCGAUGUUGCAUCAAAUGCAUCUGGUGACACCAUUCGGCCACCGCAGUGGUUGGUUCGAGAGAUGUAGCCGAGGUCGUGCGGGUAGAUGAUGUCGACGAGGACGGAGUUGACUUGUGGCCGGUACUGGUGUUCUCGUCGACCUUUUUCAGUGCAUUGUCGAAUUCGGUAUAAUGCUUCGAAUAUGGAAGUCGAGGCAUGAUGAGAUGAACUCUUUGGAGUUGGAAGGUGGAUGGAUGGAAACAACACAGGGGUCGGCUGUAAUCAGAGGUCGAGGAGGGACAUCCGAGCUAUAAAGGACAACGGGUGACACUGACGACUCUGUAUGAGUUCAUACCAUAACGGGGGUGCCGGCAGGUUAGGGAAGAAUAUUUGGGCACGCCCGAGGUCCCACAGAAGUACGUCUGGGGGUGGGUAAACGCUUCUGGUUGAUGGAUCGAGCGAUGGUAAAGGAUGAUCCGAAUAAGAGCGUUAUCGAGAUCGAAGUGCUUCUGUAAGUAAGACUGGCUCAAGACUGAGGAUGGAGAAAUGAUCGGCAGACAGGUGGGAAAAGGAAAAGCUCCC